CGUCGAAGAAAUAUCCCAAUCAAAAUGCUCUUAGAACCCUAAUUCGGGGGCCUUAUUUAAAGAAAUGUGGAAGUUUGGAACACAGGUAGGAAACCACGAGGGCAGUGUCCAAUCACGUGGAAAACCAAAACGUACAAUCCAAAGAAGCUAAAACACUAGCUACCGCCCAACAAAGUCCCCCCCACAGCCAUAUCUAUCUGGCGGAGACCGGAUCCGAACGACCACAUCGCGACGCCACCCGACUCCCAUUUCUUUCUUUCUGCCGCUUUGCAAUCUCCCCGUCCUCCUCCGUCCUCCUCGCACCCAUACGGCGGCCUCUACCCGAUCUCGUGCGUUCAUUUUUUAUUCCCUUUAAGAAAAAAGUAUACUUUUUCUUAAAUUUAAAAAACCCAAUUGCAGUUUUUCACUUUUUAAUUCGAAUCUUGCCUCGGAUAAGCUCAAUUGACGAACCCACUCUCAGAAUCUUGUAAAAUCAAACAUUAUAUCUUGGUAUUUGAUUGUUAGAUCCACCGGCCAACCACUCCUUAAAAACAGAAAAGAAUCGGCUUUUGAAUUCAUUUCAAUUUCAUGGUUUGGGCAUUUUUUCAGUUGGGUAGUGCUGAUUUGAUAUUCAUUUGUCAAAAUAAAUUUGAAUUUAUUUUUGCCCGAUUUUCUGUUUUGAUAUUUGAUUUCAUGGGGGUGCAUAAAUUUCUGUGCUUUUUCUGUUUGGUGUAGAAACAGGAGGAGUUAGCUGAGAAUUGUGCAAGGAGUUUGCGGGGGGUAUUAUUAUUAUUAUUAUUAUUAUUAUUUUCUGGAAUUUUGUUUGGAGAAUGGCUUGUAAAGGGUUCUUCGAGUGCUUGUUGAAGCUUAUGAACUUCUUCUUGACCCUUAUUGGUCUGGCUAUGAUUGGAUAUGGAGUGUAUCUCUUUGUGGAAUACAAAAAUCAUUCUUCAUCUGUUCAUGGCGGCCUUAUGGACUCUCCCGGUUAUGAGGUGGUUCAGCUCGGUCGCCCUAUGCUAAUGGCUGUCUCUUUGGGUGGCAACAUAUUCGAUAAGCUCCCGAAUGCAUGGUUCAUAUAUUUGUUCAUCGCUAUUGGAAUAGUUAUAUGUGUAAUAUCUUGCAUUGGCUGCAUUGGAGGAGCAACAAGGAAUGGAUGCUGCCUGUCUUGUUAUUCGGUGUUGAUAAUGUUGUUGAUAUUGCUAGAACUGGGAAUUGCUGCCUUUAUAUUCUUUGACAAAAGUUGGAAGCAGGUAAUACCUACAGACAAAACGGGAAGCUUUGAUAUGAUAUAUAAAUUUCUGGAAGAACACUGGGAUAUUAUCAGAUGGGCUGCCCUUGGGGCUGUAGUCUUGGAGGCACUCAUAUUCUUGUUGGCCCUUGUGGUGAGGGCACUAAACGCACCGGCAGACUAUGACAGCGACGAUGAGUAUAUAGGUGUUCCCAGACAGCAGAUCCGCCAGCCGCUGAUCAGCAACAGGCAGCCUGCUCCUGCCCCAGGUGCACCUGCCGGUGCUACCCUUGACUCUCGUCCCUCAACUCGGAGUGAUGCUUGGAGUACACGCAUGAGGGAAAAGUAUGGGCUGGACACUUCGGAGUUCACGUACAACCCAUCAGAGUCGAACCGGUACCAACAAACGCCCGUACAACCCCAAGAGGAAAGCAGCCGAUGCGCCAUAAUGUGAGAAUAAUAUGGUUUGGGUUUUACACCAACUCCUCCUUUCCAAGCACUAUUAACUUUUAUAAAAAAAAACUGUUUAGUUGUUACUAUGAUUAUUGAAUUGUAUGGUUAUGAAUGAAUGUGUGCAUGCACAAGCUAUGAAUGUGGUGAAGUUCAUGUACAAACCCGAGCUUUUGUCUUGAUUGUGCGAAUUUGCAUUCUGAUUCUACGAAACGGAAUCGUGUUUUUGACCCUACUCGGAGGUGGGAUUUUGUCGGGUUUGUUGUUAUUGUUCCUGCAUUAUUUGGAAGUUUGGUGUUCUACUCUCCAACAAGAUUGGAGAGUAGAUCAUGGCAUGAGAAGAAUGGUUGGUGAAGAAACUGUAAAUUCUGAA